AUGGUCAGCUCAUACAAUGAAAAGAAAACCAACGUGCAUAUAUUCCGUCCCGCCAAAGACAGUACCGAGUUAUGUCCAGCGAGACCAGCUGUGGAAAGACCUAGUAGAAAAACUAAAAGGGCAGAGAUUCCAUAUGCGGUAGUCCUGCAUGGCUUAGGAGGUAGUGGAAAGUCACAAUUAGCUCUCAAGUACGCGGAAUGCAAAAGGGAGGAGCUCAACCCAGUUCUUUGGAUUGACGCGACCAACCAGGAGCUAUUUCGAGCCAGUUUCACAAGGUGCGCUAUAGAGCUUGUGCUUUCAGACGACCAAAAGCCUCAAAAAAACGCACGGCUUUGCGAUGACUCAACAAUUCGACUAGUGCUUCGAUGGCUCUAUAAUCGAACAGGAGAAGAUCCUGAGUGGCUGGUUAUCUUCGACAAUAUUAAUGACCUCACAUGGGAUAUCAAGGAUAUCAUCCCUAAAGGCACCAGAGGUAGACUCAUCAUUAAUAGUCAAGAUAUAUCAAGUUGGAAACUACUUAGACAAGGUUGUGAGAAGGUUCAUGUCGAUGCUAUGUUGCCACAGGAGGCAAAGAUGGUUCUUCUUCAACACUUAUCACGGGGCCCCGACUCUACCCUGGAAAAGGUGUAUCAGUGUUGCGAUGAAGUGGCGGAGAAGCUUGGAUAUUUGGCACUUGCAGUUGACCUUGCUAGUGCAUAUAUGGGCAACCGUGAUUUCGCACCUGAGCAAGUGCCUGAGCAAGCGGCUGAGCAAUCGCUUAUGCAGUACUUGAAAGAUUUCCAAAAAACAUAG